CAGCCAAUGAUGGUGCGGGGGCGGGGUCUGCCGGGGCCGCAGCCUGGGAGGCUUUAAAGCCGGAGCCCCGCGCUGCUCUCCCAGCUUUUCGGACCUCGGCGACCUCCUUGCAUCUGAGUUUGCAGAGAACUUGUAAGUAGCUGGCGGCCGCCUCAGGUGUUUGAACCAUGAAUCUUUUACUCCUCCUGGCUACCCUGUGCUUGGGAACAGCCUUAGCCACACCAAAAUUUAAUCAAACGUUUAAUGCACAGUGGCAUAAGUGGAAAUCCACAUACAGAAGACUGUAUGGCACGAAUGAGGAAGAAUGGAGGAGAGCGGUGUGGGAGAAGAAUAUGAAGAUGAUCGAGCUGCACAAUGGGGAAUACAGCGAGGGGAAGCAUGGCUUCACCCUGGGGAUGAACGCCUUUGGUGACAUGACCAAUGAGGAGUUCCGGCAGUUGGUGAAUGGCUAUAAGCACCAGAAGCACAGGAAGGGGAAGGUAUUUCAGGAGCCCCUGAUGCUGCAGCUACCCAAGUCUGUGGACUGGAGAGAAAAAGGUUGUGUGACUCCCGUGAAGAAUCAGGGCCAGUGUGGUUCUUGUUGGGCUUUUAGUGCAACUGGGGCCCUAGAAGGACAGAUGUACCUUAAGACUGGUGUACUGAACUCCCUGAGUGAACAGAACCUUGUGGACUGUUCUCGGGCUGAAGGCAAUCAGGGCUGCAAUGGUGGCCUGAUGGAUUUUGCCUUCCAGUAUGUUUUGAACAACAAAGGUCUGGACUCGGAGGAGUCCUAUCCCUAUGAGGCAAAGGAUGGAACCUGUAAGUACAAACCUGAGUUUUCUGUGGCUAAUGACACAGGAUACGUGGAUAUCCCUCAGCUAGAGAAGGCACUUAUGAAGGCCGUGGCAACUGUGGGGCCUAUUGCUGUCGCUAUAGAUGCAAGCCAUCCAUCUUUCCAGUUCUAUAGUUCAGGCAUCUACUUUGAACCGAACUGUAGCAGCAAGGACCUCGACCAUGGCGUUCUGGUGGUUGGCUAUGGAUUUGAGGGAACAGAUUCAAAUAAGAAAAAAUAUUGGAUUGUCAAGAACAGCUGGGGUUCUGAAUGGGGUAUGGGAGGCUUCUUCCAUAUAGCCAAAGACAAGAACAACCACUGUGGAGUUGCUACUGCGGCCAGCUAUCCUACUGUGAAUUGAUGGAACGUGGUAAUUAAAGACGUAUGGGUACUAAGUCUGAAGGGAUUUAUCUUAAAAUUGACCAAACCCUUACUGAGACUAUAGUACUUGAAUCAUUGAAGAUCCAAGUCAUGAUUCGAACUCUGUGACAUUUUUACAUGGGUUAAAUAUUUACCACUACUUAAACUACUCUUAUACACAGCUUUAUAAUAUUGAACACUCACUGCCCAAUUCUGAGUCUGGAAUAUUUGUUUUGUAAAGGAUGUAUAAAGCUUUGUUUAGCUUUUAAAAAUAAAUUUUAGUUCAGUGUGUAUAUAA